CCCGCGCCCUCCCUCCCGCGCCGGCCUCCGCGCCCUCCCUCGUCGCAGCAUCCCCGAGUCGCCUGGCCGCGCCGCCCCUCCGCGCCGGGCCUCCGAGCCGGUCGCCUCCGCCUCCGCCGCCGCCGCCAUUCCUGCGCCCGCGCUCGCCUGGCCCGGCACCGCGGGGCCGCGCGGCCAGGACACGCCGCGCCAGAGCCAAGAUUUGUGAAGACUUCUAGAAACGAUUGGGAAGUUUUGAGAAGGCACAAGAUACAGAAUUUCUUCAGAAGGCCGUAGAGCAGCACGCCGUUUAAGAACCUGGUGGCCUUUCACGUUUGCACUGACCUCACCCAGAGUGAGUGCUGAGAAAUGCGGGGCCUCAGGGUUCGUGCCACCCACCAGCUCCGGGCUGUGCUGCAGCUCUGAGUGGCCACCACCGCGACCCCUGCUGUGGGCUCCGCUGCCCGCCAGCAUUUGCUGCUGAAGCCCCUGCUGAAGCCCUGACCGAUGAGGAUGUGUGCCCCUGCUGGGGGGCUGCUCACCGCCCUCGCCGUGGUGUUUGGAACGGCUGUGGCGUUUGCUCCUGUACCUAGGAUCACUUGGGAGCACAGAGAGGUACAGCUGGUGCAGUUUCACGAGCCAGGCAUCUUCAACUACUCGGCCCUGCUGCUGAGUGAGGACGAGGACACCUUGUUUGUGGGUGCCCGGGAAGCUGUGUUUGCCUUAAACGCUCACAACAUCUCCAAGAAGCAGCAUGAGGCUUAUUGGAAGGUUUCAGAAGAUAAAAAAGCAAGAUGUGCAGAGAAGGGGAAAUCAAAACAGACAGAAUGCCUCAACUACAUCCGUGUGCUGCAGCCGCUCAGCUCCAGCGCCCUUUACGUGUGUGGGACCAACGCAUUCCAGCCAGCCUGUGACCACCUGAACUUAACAUCCUUCAAAUUUCUGGGGAAGAAUGAAGAUGGCAAAGGAAGGUGUCCCUUUGACCCAGCACAGAGCUACACGUCAGUCAUGGUCGAUGGAGAGCUUUAUUCCGGGACGUCAUACAACUUUUUGGGAAGUGAACCUAUCAUCUCCCGAAAUUCUACCCACAGUCCUCUGAGGACAGAGUAUGCAAUUCCUUGGCUUAAUGAGCCCAGCUUUGUGUUUGCUGACGUGGUGCGAGAGAUCCUGGAGGGCGAGGACCUCGGGGACGACAGGGUGUACUUCUUCUUCACGGAGGUGUCUGUGGAGUACGAGUUUGUCUUCAAGCUGAUGAUCCCCCGGAUAGCGAGGGUCUGCAAGGGGGACCAGGGGGGCCUGAGGACCUUACAGAAGAAGUGGACCUCCUUCCUGAAGGCCAGGCUCAUCUGCUCCCGGCCAGACAGCAACCUCGUCUUCAAUGUGCUGCGGGAUGUCUUCGUCCUCAGGUCUCCGGACCUGAAGGAACCCGUGUUCUACGGGGUCUUCACCCCACAGCUGAACAACGUGGGGCUGUCGGCCGUGUGCGCCUACAACCUGUCCACGGCUGAGGCGGUCUUUUCCCGUGGGAAGUACAUGCAGAGUGCCACAGUGGAACAGUCCCACACCAAGUGGGUGCGCUACAACGGGGCUGUGCCCACUCCGCGGCCCGGGGCGUGCAUCAACCGGGAGGCACGGGCGGCCAACUUUUCUAGCUCGCUCAACCUGCCGGACAAGACCCUGCAGUUCGUCAAAGACCACCCUCUGAUGGACGACUCCGUGACCCCGAUAGACAGUAGGCCCCGGCUGAUCAAAGGCGACGUGAACUACACGCAGAUUGUGGUGGACAGGGCCCGGGCCCUGGACGGGACCAUCCACGAUGUCAUGUUUGUCAGCACAGACCGGGGCGCCCUGCACAAAGCCAUCAGCCUCGAGAAUGACAUCCAUAUCAUUGAGGAGACUCAGCUCUUCCAGGACUUCGAGCCUAUCCAGAGCCUACUGCUGUCUUCCAAGAAGGGCAGGAAGUUUGUCUAUGCCGGUUCCAACUCAGGCGUGGUGCAGGCUCCUGUGGCCUUCUGCGGAAAGCACAGCACCUGCGAGGACUGCGUGCUCGCCCGGGACCCCUACUGCGCCUGGAGCCCGGCCGUGGCUGCCUGUGUCGCCCUGCACCAGACUGACAGCCCCAGCAGGGGACUGAUUCAGGAAAUGAAUGGGGACGCAUCCACUUGCCCUGCCUCAUCUCCUCUGCCCUUCCCUCCUCCGGGGUCCUCUUCCCUGUCCUGUCUGGGCCCCGACUCAUCUUCCUCUCCCCGAAGCCCCUGGCCGGCCUCGGGCCCAGGGCCUGACAGCCACCUGCAGGUCACCUUGCUGCCGCCCUUCCUCAGCGACCAGGCCCAGCACGUGCAUGCCCUGGGGACCUUCCAUCUCUUCUGCCAGGCCACAGGUCCUGCGGAUGUUCACUUCCUCUGGGAGAAGAAUGGGCGCAAGCUGGAGGUGUGUGUGCCAACACAGACCCAUGCACUGCCCGAUGGCAGGGCCCUCGUGCUCAGCUGGCUGCGAGACGCCCUCCGGGAGAGUGCCGAGUACCGCUGCUCUGUGCUCUCCUGGGCCGGGAACAAGACCUCCAGGGUGCGGGUCACCGUGACCAGGCUUGAGGCGACCCAGCAGGAGAGGUGGACCAGAGAGCUCGCCAGCUGGAGGGCCGUGGCUGGGGAGCACGACCGCAUGAUGCAGAGCUGGAGGAAGGCGUGGGAAAGCUGUAACCGGGACGCACUCUAGCCACAGGAAGCCGUGCUGACCAGGCUGACCAUGCUGCUACCUGCCACGCAGCCCCAGAGGCCGCAGGGCAGUGUAUCCGUUGGACACAGCUCUUCGGGUUGCACAGCAGAGAACACGGAGCCCUGAGGGGACCUGCGCAGUAGCCAGAACGUCUGUUUUAAUUAGGUACUUAGAUGGGACAGAAUGGCCUGUCUGGCAGGAGCAGGAAAGCGAGGUUAACAGGCUAUAGACAGGAACUCUGGUUAAGACAGCAGUGUGCAUGAUGGGUCCUUUUCCAGAAGCACUGUUGUUACACUCCACAGGCCUGAGUUAAUUUCGUGUCAGGCAAUGGGUUGUCCUUCACACAGCCCAGUGUGAGCUCAGCUCUCAUGACUGCUGGUUUUACUGCUCUGGAGCCCCCUUCACACUCAGCUCUGAGAGACAAGGCAGGAAGAACAAGGCUCCAGAUGACCAGAAUUUGCCUUAAACCUUGAGUGCUGAGGUCCAAACUCAGGCGCUACCUUGGAUGGGAGACUUUGUGUUAUUAUUCACUAAUGUCACUGCCUGCUUCCUAAAACUUCAAGUGUGCACCUGUCCACUCGCAGCCAUGGCCCAGGUGUUGAGCCUGUCUGAUGGAAAAGCCAGCAGGUCUGCGUCUCCUGGGUCCCAGUCACUCUGCUCACGGCAGUACGGGUCUAAUGAGGCUACUCUGUCCACGUGCUAUGGGGUCCCCAAGUUACUCACAGUGCACCUGGGGACUGCUGUGUAUAAAUGUGGCGGCCGAGGCUGCUCAGCCUGGAACCUUAUAGGCACUGUUUGCAGAAUGACUGCUUUUAGUGGAAUGUUCAUCUAUCAUAAAACCAAAAUCUGUUAAAUUAAGUGGUACUUCUCAUGACCCUAGCAAAUGGAGAUCUCGGCCUCAUGACCACAGCCUGUUUCCAGACCCCUUGUUCUGAAGCUGGGUGUCUUUGUUCAAGAGCAGCACACAUUUCCAGCCAGUCACCUCCAGGAUCCGUUGUAAACAAGGCUUCUGAGGAUGGCUGGUUUUGGGGUCAAAGUCAUCCUGGUUACCACCAAGCUGCCGGUCCACCUUGUCAACAGAGGCCGAGCUGGAUCACAGAUCACCCACGAUGCACUGUGACAAGACUUUUGGUACAAUAGCCAUCUGCUCUCACUGUGGGUCUCUUGUGGGGUGGUUGCUCUACUCUAUGGGCAGGGCCUUCUCCUUGGUGCUAGGAUCGGAACAGACACUUGCAGUUAUUGUAAUAUCAGCAUGUAGGGUUCUGGUGGGAAAGGUAGUUAUGAGGAUGAGUUCUGGUUCUCUGAACUGUGGGGAAAAAAUAAAAGAGUUCCAUUGAAAUGUUUGCUCCAUGAAGAGUGUACUCGGGAAGGCUGCCUGCUUCCCGCGGUGCCAUCAGCAUAGAGUAGGUCACUGUGUCACCUGCAGGAGUGGCCUCUGCCAGGAAAGUGACACCAGGCCCUGGCUGCCAGGGCAACCCAACGUUAAGUCACACGAGAAGCAAAGCCUCUUAGCAGCUUAAUGUGAUGUUAAAACCCACCUACUUGGUUCAGCUAAUCUGACCACCAGACCCAGAGGCCUUGGGGCUCUAGACAGACAACCUGCAUCUCUAGCAGAGAUUUUUUAAUGUGGGGUUUUUUUUUUUUUUAAUGUAUCAGUUUUGUAGUUCUAGACUGCUGAAUUCAGCUGACAAGUUAACUUUCUGCCUGUAAGUUCAUUAUGGAACCUUUACUCUCAAAUAAUCUAUUUUCAAACCUACCACAGUUGAUGGGGACAGUGGGGUGGGGACCCUCCCUGCUGCUGUUCCUUCUGGUGGCCCUAAGGGAGAAACCUGUGACCGGAUGGAGAGCUUGCUGGACCAGAUUGCAUGUUCCUCAUUGAAACAGCUCAGCAAGUGUAUGAGAGCAGGGUACUCAUUGGGAACAAUAGAUGAAAAGACAGACUGGUACCUUACACAGACAACCUCCACCUCGCCACCAGCCCUGACCACAGCAGGCUCUUUCCAACUCACUGCGCUGUGCUCGCAUCACUCGGUCAUGUCCGAUUCUUUUUGACCCCACGGCCUGUAGCCCAGCAGGCUCCUCUGUCCGUGGGAUUUUUCACACAAGAUCACUAGAGCAGGGUGCCGCUUCCUCCUCCUGAGGACUUACCAACUCAGGGACUGAUUCCAUGUUUCCUGCUUCUCUUGCAUUACAAGUGGAUUCUUCACCACUGAGCCAUGCGGGACGCCCUUCCAACUCGUUACUUCACAUUAUUUUGCUUCCCACAGGCCACUCACUCACAAAAGUACAUCUGCCAUGACUGAAUUCAACUAACAGCACUUGCAAAUCCCACCAGGUACCUUGCUUGCUUGACAAACGCAAAGCAGUCAAAGUCUGAUCCUGCCAUUUCUCAUGUGACCAGCUCGCCAGCAGGCUGGACCAAGAUGGGUCCAGCAACAGGAUCUCUAAGGGCUGGAGACUUCACAGUCACUACCUUCGAGAUCCAAGAGAUAUGAGAGCAGCAAA